AUGGUAACGGCACAAUUGAAAGUACUUGAUCAUUCGCAUCAUCCGAAGAGGUGUCGCGCUCUUUUGGAUACUUGCUCCACCAGCAACUUCAUGACGGAACAUCUGGCCAAUUCCUUGAAACUACCGAAAAGAGAAUUUAUUGUCCCAAUUGGUGCGUUGAAUUCAAUGAACACUUCAACGAAACACCUGGUCACGGCAACUAUAUGUUCGCGGAUUACCAACUUCAAGAAGACAUUGGACUUCCUGACAGUUCCCAACAUCUCAUCUGUAGUUCCGGACCAACAUCUUGAUCACCACAGCAUCAAUAUACCAGCCAACCUCCCAUUAGCAGACCCGGAAUUUUAUCAACCUGGACAAAUCGACAUGCUCUUAGGUUGUGGUAUAACGCUCUCAAUGCUUGGUACAGCAAAGCUACGGUUAUCUUCCAAGGAUCAACCAGAUUUAUAUUUGAUGAGAUCAUCGCUCGGUUGGAUCAUCGGUGGAGAGGCUCCCGUUCGACAAUCACCGGUUCUCUUCACAUGUCAUCUCACAAAUACUGCAGAUCUACAGCUCGAUCUGACAAGGUUCUGGGAGACUGAAGAAGCUACAUUGGAACCAAAACCCAUUGAGAAUGCUUGCGAAGAACAUUUUUCCGCUAACUUCUCAAGAGAACCCAGUGGCAGAUACGUUGUGGCGCUCCCGUUCAAUGAGAAGAUUGACAAGCUGGGAGAAUCUCGCUCGCGAGCUUAUCAUCGUUUCAAGGCCUGCGAACGGAAAUUACUCCAGAAUCCGGAGCUUAAACUUCAAUAUGAUGCAGUUCUCCAAGAAUACCUCGAUCUUGGGCAUAUGACUGAAGUAAACAGUCACCACCUCUCCGACCAUGGUUAUUAUCUCCCACACCACGCUGUCUUUAAAGAAGGAAGUCUGACAACAAAGCUCAGAGUAGUCUUCGAUGGAUCGGCUCAAACUAACACGGGUAUCUCCCUAAACGAUACUCUUCAGGUUGGCCCCACCAUUCAAGGCAGCAUCCUUUCUCUUCUGGUGAGGUUUCGGUUACAUCAGUACGUUUUAACCGCCGACAUUGAGAAAAUGUACCGCCAGGUACUGGUGAGGCCAGAAGAUCAUAAGUAUCAACGGAUCUUGUGGCGUAACGAUGAUGGUCCAGUCCGAACCUACCAGCUAAACAGGGUCACUUUUGGACUAUCAGCUGCACCUUAUCUCGCCAUAAGAUGUCUACACCAACUGGCUACUGAUGAAGCCCAUUAA